UCAAAACAUGAGCAAACCACCCAAACCGUCCGAAAGCACCGUGCCGGGACUGGGCCGGGUCAAGAGCCGCCCAAUUGCCUAAACCCUCCGCAGGGUUUUGAAUCGGAGCGACAAUGGUGAUCGAGACUUUGAAGAAACCCUAGUUGAUUGCCGGAAAUAGCAGAUGAAGAUAGGUUUAGCUCUAAAUAGAAGGCAUUUCUAGUCGUAUUGAGUUCAGAACAAUUGCACUGGCGCCAGUUUGACUCGAGCAGUAAGGUUGCAGAAUGCCUUCGAAGAAGAAGAGCUCCAAGACACCCUCUAAACCCGAUCGGAGCGGCAAUAUCUCAUCUCCUGCAUCUGUAUCGUCGGCUUUCGACCCGAGGGAGGACCAAUUGCUGUUGUCACUUGGGGAAGCUUCGGCAAAGUUCCCAUCUCUGAUUUCCCCAACUGACUUUGUUGGUACAGUUGUGGAGGAUCCGGUUUCAGACACUAGAGGAUGCAAAAUCUGGCUUUCUGAAUCUGCUAUGGUUUCUUCUUCCAUUCAGCCUGGCUGUAUUGUUUCGGUAUCCCUUUUGUCUUUGGAUAAAGUUCAAAGCCACUUUCCUUUGAGUGCCCUGCCAGAAGAAUGUGCAAGAUACUUUGGUUUUGAAUUGCCGGAUAAUAUAGCUAAUGAAGUUGGGGAGUUCUUUGCCUUGGCUGUCGUAUUUCCAUCUUCUAAGGUAUUAAAAAAUGGAGUGCGCCUGUCCUUGAAUCUUUCAUAUACUAUGGGUUGCCCUGCUUCCGGAAGAACUGUCUUUGUUCAUCCCAUUGAGCACCAACUCUCAACUGAGAAUGGAAAUGGUAAUCAACGUGGUCUUGCGGUGAAUUGUAUAUCAUUAGACAACUCCAAGGAAUUAUAUCUUUCCCCAGUAUGUUUGAAGAAUAAAGUUGAAAUAGAAGGUGAAGAUGAAUAUGGACAUGUUCAAGUUAGCAAUAUUUCAUCCCCAAGAACUCCAUCACUUCCACAGUCUCAGCUUAGCUCUCCAAUUUCAAUGCGAUCUCAUUCAUCAAAUUAUGAUAGAUCUGUAUCAAAGUCACCUCAUAUUUUCCCUGCAUCUGUUGAUAUGAAAAAUGUGGAGCAAAUUUUAGAGGAUGAUUCAUCAAGGAAACUUUUGGAAACCUGCACAAUGUCAUGGUUAAGUUCGCGAAAUUUACUGUCAGGAAAUUUUGUUGUAGUCCCAAUAUUGUCAGGGCUAUGUGUUCUCCAGGUUGUAGGCUCCAAAAGAAUGUUCUCAAAUAGUGAAAGUUGUAAUGGUAAGAAUGUUAUCUCCUCUCAGGAUCCACACUCUCCAAAAGACAUGGUGUGUGCUUUAUCUAUAAAUUGGGGAAUGAAAAUACACCUGCUUUCACCAAGAAACCUUAAAAAUGGAAGUUCUGUAGAAGAUCCUUUGGCGCAUCCAACCCUUGGACAUGAGAGUGAUACAAAUAAUAUAGGAAAAAGCUUCCCCAAGUUAGGAGGCCUUUUCAAAGAGCUGGAAGCAUUAAAGCAAAUCAUAGAUUCACCAGCGCGAGUUGCACUUUCAAGCUAUGGUUUACGUCCUACAAAAGGAGUACUUAUUCAUGGGCCACCGGGAACAGGAAAGACUACUUUGGCUCGAGUAUGUGCACAUAAGGCUGGUGUUAAAAUGUUCUUAGUGAAUGGACCUGAAAUUAUUAGUCAAUAUCAUGGGGAAACCGAACAAGCUUUGCAUGAGGUGUUUAAUAAAGCUAGCCAGGCUUCGCCCGCAGUUAUUUUCAUUGACGAGUUGGAUUCUAUUGCACCUGCUCGUAAAGAUGGUGGAGACGAGCUAUCUCAAAGAAUUGUUAGCACUCUCCUGAAUUUGAUGGAUGGAAUUGAUAGAAAUGAUGGGACAGUAAUACUUGCUGCAACAAAUCGGCCUGACAGUAUUGAGCCUGCACUUAGACGGUCUGGAAGGCUUGACAGAGAAAUUGAAAUUGGUGUUCCGUCUUCAAGUCAGCGUUCUGAAAUAUUACUUGCUCUUCUUAGUGAAAUGCACCAUUCACUUUUGGAUAAGAAUAUAGAAGACCUUGCAUCGAUCACUCAUGGUUUUGUUGGGGCUGAUUUAGCUGCUCUCUGCAAUGAGGCAGCAAUGGUAUGCCUUCGGCAAUAUGCUAAGUCAAAGGAGGUAGGAACAAAAAGAGAACUAAUUGUAACGCCAGAAGAUUUUGAGAAGGCUAGAGUAAGAAUAAGGCCAAGUGCCAUGAGAGAGGUAAUUCUUGAAGUUCCUAAAGUUAGCUGGGAAGAUGUUGGUGGUCAAUUGGAGGUUAAAGCACAGUUAAUGGAAGCUGUAGUUUGGCCUCAGAAGCACAGGGAUGCUCUUGAGCGUAUUGGAACUCGUCCCCCCGGUGGAGUAUUGUUGUUUGGACCUCCUGGAUGCAGUAAAACACUUUUGGCUCGAGCAGUAGCUUCUGAAGCUGAAUCGAAUUUUCUUGCCGUGAAGGGCCCUGAGCUUUUCAGCAAAUGGGUUGGUGAAUCUGAAAAGGCAGUGCGCAGUUUAUUUGCAAAGGCCCGGGCUAAUGCCCCUUCAAUUAUAUUUUUUGAUGAAAUCGAUGGUCUUGUUGUAACUCGUGGAAAAGAAAGUGAUGGAGUCUCAGUUGGUGAUCGUGUUAUAACUCAACUACUUGUUGAAUUAGACGGUUUGCAACAAAGGGAUGGUGUCACUGUUAUUGCUGCCACAAAUCGACCAGAUAAGAUAGACGGCGCUCUUCUCAGACCUGGACGUCUUGACCGACUACUUUAUGUGGGACCACCAAAUCAAAAGGAUCGAGAAGAGAUAUUCCGUGUUCAUUUACGCCAGAUGCCGUAUAGUUCAGAUGUUUGCAUCAGUGAACUUUCUCUUCUUACCAAAGGCUGUACCGGUGCUGAUAUCGCACUUAUUUGUCGUGAAGCAGCAUUUGCAGCUAUGGAAGAGAACUUAUCUGCCUCAGAGAUCACAAUGGCACACCUGAAAGUUGGACUUGAGCAUGUACGACCAGCUGAUUUCCAUUUGUAUGAGAAGCUGUCAAUGAAGUUUCAAAGACUUGUUCGUUCAACUGCUGUGGUGGAUAAUCACGAAUGUGAACCAGACUAAUGUUGUCCAGUCCUAUGCAUCUCUGGGGGCGGUCAUGCUAGUUUCUGCUAUUGUAACAUCCAGAAUACCCCUGGCUUCAAGUCAAGAACACCAGCAUGUUCGUAAUUGUAACUACAAAAGCCACUACCUGCUUCACUUCAAAAUUUGAGAUCAUUGAUCACAAGAUAUGAAAGGUGUUUUCGGUGAAAGUGAAAAAACUCUCAAGUGAACUACUGAAGACCUCCUGGGAUUAGCUUAGACUCUGAAUCUGUGAUGCCCUGUUACUAUAGUUACCAUGUGUUUGUUUGGGGAUUUAGAUUUUGGUUUUGGUUUGGUAUUUGAAUAGUAAAAGUUUUAAAUUUGAAUAGUUGUAUGAUAGUGAUAUAAAUAUGUAUUGAUGUCAUUUUUUGAAUGUAUAAAUUAAUUUUUUUUGUAUAAUGUAGAAAAUAGAAAUUAAGUGUUUGAUUUGAUAUUUUUGGGAAAAAAUAUUCGAUAGUAGUAAAAUUUUGGUGAAGGUUAGAUAU